GCGCGGCCCCGCAGGAUGCCGGGGCUGGUGGUGUUCGGCCGGCGCUGGGCCAUCGGCAGCGACGACUUCGUGCUCCCGGGGGCCUUCGAGCUCUUCGUCCGGCUGGUGUGGAGUUAAUGGGAUAAUUCCUUUGUCUGGAUCAGCCUUUGGAGCUGGGGAGAUGAGCAGCAGCGCGCGGGGAGCCUCUUGCUCGGUCUGCGGGCGGCUUUGCUGUGGUGACUGCCGAGUGUUCGUGGGGUCCUUGUGUAACGGCUCCCUUUCUGUUCGCCCCUGUGCUCGGGUGGAAACUGUUCCUCAGGCGAUCGCUUUGCAGGAUGCACUUUCCCCUUCCAACUGUGACUUUUUAUCAUCUCACUUUCCUGUAGGUGGAUUGGAAUUCUUGUGCUUUACGCGGUUCAUAAGGGGCAGUUCAGCUGUCCUGGGGGAGGAUUACUCCACAGCUACUUGCUUGUCCUCCUCAUUCUCCUGGCUUCUAUAAUAUGUGCGUUAUCUGCUCUUGUAUACGUCAGUAUGCAAGGAACAAUUUCUAAUCCAGGCCCAAGAAAAUCACUUCCCAAGCUACUUUAUACUCGCCUACUUCUCUAUUUGCCUGAGUUCAUCUGGGCUGUCGUAGGAGCUGUAUGGGUGUCAGACAGCAGCGUGCAGUGUGAGAAGACUGUGAUAAAUGUCAUCAUUGGGACAGUUAUUGCAAGCUGGGUUAUCAUCGUCUUUACCAUCAUUGGAGUUGUAAUUGUCUUUGAUCCGCUUGGGGGGAAGAAGACUUUUUACCUCACCAAUGGUGUAAAUCGGAACCUGGAAAGCAGUCAGUCAGGGCAGUUGCUGUAUAAUGUGAAGAACACUGCCACCAGGGUCUGGGAAAAAAGAAUCAGGUUACUGUGCUGUUGCAUUGUGCAAGACGAUGACCAUCGAGUGGCUUUUACCAGUAUCGCAGAGCUUUUCCGCGCCUACUUUUCAGACACUGAUCUGGUGCCAAGUGAUAUAGCAGCUGGUUUGACUCUGCUCCACCAAGAGCAAGAUAAAAUGGAAAGUUGCCCAAAAGAGCCUGAAGAAGUCCUCUGUCAUUCUCCAUCAUCUCUUGUGACAGAUGAUUUGGAUAUUGAACUGGAGAAUGCUGCUCACUAUAUGCUGUUUGCUGCAGCUGCUUAUGGCUGGCCCUACUACAUAUACACCAACCCAUUUACUGCACUCUGUAAGCUCAAUGGUGACUGUUGCGGAAAUAGACCAACAGAUCCUGAUAUAACUGGCAGUGAUCAUCAUAACUUUCACUUUGGAUCCAUCCUAAAAAUAACAGGACUGCAGUACAGAGACUUCAUUCAUAUCAGUUUUCAUAACAAGAUCUAUGAGAUUCCAUUUUUUGUUGCUUUGGAUCACAAAAAAGAAGCUAUUGUGGUUGCAGUGAGAGGAACCUUGUCUUUUGAGGACAUUCUCACUGAUCUGUCAGCAGAUUGUGAAGACUUGACACUGGAGGAUGUCCUGGAGAAUGGUUUUGUGCAUAAGGGAAUAACUCAAGCUGCAAAUUACAUCUAUCGAAAGCUAAUAAAUGAUGGAAUUUUAAACCAGGCUUUCACAAUUGCUCCAGAAUACAAGCUUGUGGUAGUUGGUCACAGUUUGGGAGGUGGAACAGCUUCUAUAUUGGCGAUCAUGCUCAGGAACUCUUUCCCAACAUUAAGAUGUUACGCCUUUUCUCCUCCAGGAGGACUGUUAAGCAAAUCACUUGCAGAUUAUACUAAGUGCUUCAUUGUUUCAGUCAUUGUUGGAAAGGACCUUGUUGCAAGGUUAAGUAUGCCCAACAUGGAGGAUUUAAAGAGGAGAAUAGUGAGAAUUGUGGCAAACUGCAGCAGACCCAAGUACCAGAUUUUGCUGCAUGGAUGUUGGUACGAAGUAUUUGGAGGAGAUCCAGAUAACUUCCCAACUGAGCUGGAUGGCAGAAGCCAAGAUGCCCUCACCCAGCCGCUUCUAGCUGAGGAGAGUUUAAUGGUUCAUCGGUCACCUUCAUACAACACCCUUGAGGAUGAAUCGCAUUUAAAUUCACCCCCUCAAUAUCCUCGUCUGUAUCUUCCUGGAAAGAUUAUCCAUAUUGUAGAAGAAUCCAGCUCAAGGAGGUUGUGCUCUUCAGAUACUAAAUAUACGGCAAGAUGGUCAAAUGAAACUGUCUUCAGCAGCAUUUUAAUAAGUCCCAAGAUGAUAACAGACCACAUGCCAGAUGUUGUGCUCAAAGCGCUGAACAGUUUGACUCAGGAACAUGGAUCGUGCAUUUCUUGUCAGGCACGAGAAUGUAACACCGAUGUGGUGUAACCCAAGCUCGAAGAUGAGGUGUGGGGGUUUUUUAUUGCAGGUUUCAAGUAUUCAGGACACAUUCCACUUCCAUUCCUAAGUGGAUUUCAGUACUUUUCUCACAUUGCAUAAAAUAAACAGGGGUGGUGAUGCCCUUGCCUCUGCAGCAACCUCGAGUGACAUUGUGCUGGUUAAAGCACAGAUUCUCCAUUUAUGCUGAAAGUUGAACUUUUACAGAAUGGAGCAGUGUGACAGGCUCCAGCCACGCCUGCGUACACUGGCACGGGCUGCGGCCUCGACGGAAUACUUGCCCAGCACAGGUGCAUGUGUGAGGACAGCUUGGCCUGUGUGUUAGAGCAGAGCUCUGUCCGACCUGGCAUUUUAAGCGCUGGUUCUGCUUUGAAUUCACUUCACAACGUUGUCUCUGCACCCCGUGACCCACCUUUGCAAAGCCUGGCAGGUGCUGCGGGACAGGAGUGCUGUGACCACACUGCUGCAGCACGUGAGGUGGCACCCGUGCAGUGGCUGGAGGUGGGUAAGUGAGCGAGCUGGUGGCAGCGGGCAGGCCACCCAUGCUGGUUUUUAAUCAGGCAGUUCUGAUUGAUUGCACUGUUUUUCUUACAGAUAGGGGCGUGGCAGGGAUGGUGUUGUGAAAUGCUGCUCGGAUAUACAUGUGCAAUAUUCUUUAAUCUACCCGUCUUUUGUAUUUGUUGAUCCACAUGAUUAUUUUUAUUGAUUUCAAACUAAUCUCGUAACUACUUAUAAUGAGAAGGAAAAAAAAAUUGUAUUGUUCAUAUAUAUUAGUCACUAGCUCUAGCUCCAACUGUUGAGAGCGCCUACCUAAUUCUGCCAAAAAUGUACAACCAGUUGUACGGAUUUUAAAAAUGAAUUUCUCAUUUCUAGUGUACAACUAUCUUAACUCUUUUUGUUUUAAGGCUCAGCAGCAUUUCUUAUUAAUAUGAUGUGAUGUGAGUGGGUGUUCUUGCUGUGAUACUUAAUGUGGAGACAAAAUAAAAUGCACUCUAAAAAUUUGUCUUCUUACAUUCAGGUAUGCUGCUUACUAUUUUAUAGCUGUUCAGAGCUAGAUGCAGUGCAGCAAGGUAAGUCCACACCAGCAGCAAAGGGCGUGGCAGCACCCCAGGCAGGCCCCAGUGGUGCUGCGGUGUCCCCUGCCACUGCCUGUGGAGCAGGACCAGCCUCUAGGGAGAGGAGAGAGCAGCAGGACUGCCUGCAGCUAACAAACACAGAGCAUGGCUAUCAGAUUUAAACGGCUAAAAUCUGAGGCAUUUAAGCACAAGCUGUACUGCACCAGCGCCAUCAUUUUACAAACCAUUAAAGUAACAGUUUAAGAAGAAAAGCACUUUUGUUUGCAUACAAUAGUGAAACAGGUGGGGGUUUUCUCCCCUGGCUCUCAGCAGCAGCUAGUAACAACUCAAAUAGUGCAGGGCCUCUGAAAAAAUGUGGCUGCGUACUGUAUUUAAUUCUUGUUCUUGUCAGGGCAGCACCGCAGGAGCUUGUGGUUAAUCACACACGGCCCUGAGGAGACAAGCACACCACACUGCUGCUGGCUCCGGGAGAACAUGCACUCAUAGCAGUACAGGAAUGAGAAUGCUUGCUCAGAAACUCAGACGUCACCACACAUGUGAUUCAAGGAUUUAUUAAGUCAUACAUGCAAAACAUACUGCUAAUUGCAUUAGCAAAAGAUCAAUGUAAAAAUGUCACAAUUUCGCAACUUUUAAAUUUUGCUUUAGUGGUUGAAGGGUGUAGUUCAACAUCAUAUUCCUGCCAGUUUAGAACAUACAGAACAUUAGCACUAAUUUACAGAACCUCACAGACCCAAGUUACCAUUAUUCAAUCUAUGCUGCACACAGACAUGUAGUGACAUAAAGAACACUCAUCUGCAUUAGUCAUGUUACAGUGGUGGGGAUGUCUUGCAAAUAAUAUUUGAGAAGAUUCAUGGUUUGUAGAGGUUUAAAAUAUAAAAAUUACUAAAAUGUGUAAAGCUGCUUCACAUGAUUUUUACACCUAGUUAAUAAGACUAAAAGCACCUCAGAAAGCAUAUAACUUACUUACUGGGUCAGAAGUAACAGGAAAAUGAGGAUAUGCUUGAAUGUUCUACUCUACACAAAAAAAAAAAGAGCAAA